AAACAACCAAACCAACAGGGUUCAUGUUCAUAUACAAACAAAGUAGUCGGCAAAUUGUUAUUUGUCUAAUUAAAUAUGUAUCGUGAUUUAAAUGAUAGUACUUGAGGAAUGAGGUCCUCUGCCAGUUAUACGCUUUAAAUAUUAGUGGUUGAAAUCAUUACUUUCUGUGGAUUCCGGCAAAAGACUAAAUUUAAAGCGCCAUGUUAUGCCAAGCCCAUUAUCCCUAUGUAUUAUUUCUGUUUUAUUUAUUCUUGACAUAUCGAAUAGUAAAAAGCAAUCCCGCAGAUGAAGAAGAUAAGGACUUAAACAUAACCAUUGAAGUACUUAAACAUGAACUACCCAAUCAGUUACCUCUCGGAGAUAAUAUCACGAUUAUUUGUAAAACUAAAUGGAUGUCGAGCGAAAUGAUGUGGACAUUCAAUGAUAAGAAUGUUUCCGAACAAGCAGGUUUUAAAUUAGAAAUGGAAAGUGAGAACAUAAAUAAAGAGUCUGGUAAUAAAUUCGAAGUUUCUAUUUUGCAUAUUCUUAGGAUAGGUUUUGACCACGUUGGAAAUUACAAAUGUCACGCCGUUUUAAAACGAAAUGACACUGAUAUGGAUUUAGAUUUCGGUCAAAUAUUUUUAAAUGUUACAUUACCAGCUCGAGUAGUACAAAUGUCCAAACCCACAUACACGAAGGUGCACGAAACCGUAGAAAUAUUUAGUAUUGUAGAAGGUUACCCGAUCGAGGAAAUCAAAUGGUUCAAAGAUAACGAACCCCUGACUGAUUUUACAUGGAACGUUAAGGAUAUUAACAUCACACAUAAGAAUACUUCUUUGAAAUUCGAAGUGGCUAAAAAGGAUAAUGGCACUUAUGCAUGUCUAGCGGUGACUCCUACAUCUCAAGCCCGAAAUUCCACUGAUGUGCUGGUUCUAGAUAAACCGCAAAUAGCGUUGGACUUCAUUAAACCUAUCGGCGUGAAUAAAAUAUACUUUAAUUGGACACUAAACGAUGGCAACAGCCCGAACGAUUUGAAAUAUAUCAUCCAAUACAAAUCCGAGGAAGACGAGGGAUGGAUUUAUUGUCAAACAAUGAUUAACGCCAGCAGCACUUCCAUAGUUCUCACAGUAAGAAACGAUACAUCUUCUAAGAAAAACUCUUCUUACACCAUAAGGAUCAAAGCUACCAACUCUCAAGGAGAGAGCAUGUAUUCCACAAGCAACUCGAUACAGCUACUAGACGAAGAACCCAUAGUCAUUCCCGAAGUGACCGUCACCGGAGUCACCUCCAGUUCGAUCACCAUCAAAUGGACUCCUCCGCCGGAGAAAUUCAAAGACCACAUCCACUACUACCAACUCAUUCUUCGAUCGUACCACACGCCCGAGAAGUUCGAGGCCGUCCAACCGGCCAUCAAAGACUACCUUUACAUGUUCUCGGAGCUGGAUUCGGCCACCACCUACAAUUUCCAAGUAGCCGCUUGCAGCGAUUACAGCAAGGAGUGCGGCCCGAUGUCCCAGCUCGUUAACGGCACCACUAUGGACGGUACCGCAGGUCCUCCCUCGAACGCUUCCAUUGAAUGCAGAUUCGAUAAUAUCAGCCACACGAACUUCGUUUUCGUCUCUUGGCAACCUCCGAUCGAACCCCACGGCACCAUCCAAUCGUAUAGUGUAACAUUAGAAGGUUCGGCGGCUUUCAUAAACGAUCUAGGACAAUUGGAAAGUCUUACUUGGGGCCCAAAAUCCACAAGCAUUCGAGAGAUAACGCUAAACGCACGAUUCAACGAUGUGUCUGCCAAUACGAAUUACACUGUAAGACUAUCGGGUGUUACUCGACUAAGAAAAAACGGACAAUCUGUGACGUUGAACUGUACAAUGCCGCCUACGUUACCCAACAAGCAGAAGCUAGCCAGGUUGCAUUGGAACAAAAUGGAAGAGCAGGGAAAAUGGAUGUUCAAGCUUUUUAUGCCGAGGAUAUCCGAGAGAAACGGCCCGAUUUGUUGCUACAGAAUUUACCUGGUGCGCAUGGAAGAUCAGCAGAAACUAUCCGAUUUACCGAAUCCUGAAGACCUAACCAUUAUGUCAUACCAAGAAGCUCACAGGACACCUAAAGGUGGUGCUUACGUUGCGGAAAUGUUCACAAGCUCUAGCUUCCACAACGAAAUAUUCUUGGGCGACGAACAGGUUUAUAACAUAACCAACACCCAAUGCGAUGAGUGUAUAGGCUUGAGACCUUACAACACUCCUAGAGAAGAAAAAAUCAAAAACAUCACAACCAAUCUAGCGAACAGGAUAAGAAGAAACGAGAUUCUGACUGAUCCCCUUCCGCCAUACGAUGGAACUCUCGAUAUCAGCAGCAAUUACACCGGCUUCGUCGAAAUAAUAGUACACGGAGACGGGCAAUCGCAAUUCCUGGCAGCUUACAGUAAUUACUUGGACAUGAUGAAUCCUGGUCCCGAAGUUGUAGCAGCUCCCGCGGCAGGAACGUUGAGUUUAAUCGUCAAAAUAUUAUGCGUCCUGGUCGUAGUCAUUUUAAUACUGCUCGGCGCUCUGUGCAUCUUACACCGAUACACCAAACAAGCCCACGCUCAAGCCGUUGAAAUGAUAACGUUCAGAACUUCCUUAAGAGGCCUCGGGGGUCGCCAAAGACUGGUGUCUCUAAAUCCUCCUGAUAUGUGCCCGAUCAGCAAAUCGGAACUCGUUUCUGCUUACAUAGAACAUCACAGGGACUCCGAUUACGGGUUUCAACAGGAAUUCGAACUGUUGCCCGACAGAUUUUCCGACAGAACCACGCGAGCAUCCGACGCGAGGGAGAACGUCUACAAGAACCGCUACCCGGACAUCAAAGCGUACGAUCAAACUAGAGUGAAGCUAUCGCAAGUCGAUAGCAUCGCUGGAUCCGAUUACAUAAAUGCGAACUACGUGAUGGGUUACAAGGAGCGCAAGAAAUUCAUAUGCGCUCAAGGGCCUAUGGAUACGACGGUCAACGAAUUCUGGAGGAUGAUUUGGGAGCAACACUUAGAGCUGAUCCUCAUGCUGACCAAUCUCGAGGAAUACAGCAAAACUAAAUGCAGCAAAUAUUGGCCGGACAAAGCCGAUGGCGACAAGAUUUUCGGCGAGAUUACCGUGACCCAUUUGCUGGAAACUAGAUACUCCGAUUACAUAGUUAGAGAGCUCAAAAUAAUUCGUUCGAGCAACGGCAAGGAAUUAGAAGAAAGGAACAUCGUGCAGUAUCAUUACUUGGUUUGGAAGGAUUUCAUGGCUCCCGAACAUCCGAACGGCAUAAUCAAAUUCAUUAAGAGAGUCAACGAAGCUUACUCCGUAGAAAAGGGUAGCAUUUUAGUUCAUUGCAGCGCCGGCGUCGGACGUACCGGCACUUUAGUGGCCCUCGAUUGUUUGAUACACCAGUUGAAAGAAGAAGGACACGUGUCUAUCUUCAACACUAUUUGUGAUUUAAGACAUCAGAGAAACUUCCUAGUCCAGUCUCUGAAACAAUAUAUUUUUAUUUAUCGAGCUCUGAUGGAAGUCUCUCAGUAUGGUGAUACAGAAAUUAAUUCCAAUGAAUUGAAAAGUACCUUGGACAGGUUAAGACAAUGUGAUAAUGGCAGAACGAAAUGUAAAUUAGAGGAGGAGUUUGAGAAUAUAAUAAACGCUUUCGAAGACAGGAAAUCCUGUUCUGUGGCCAGCGGUGAGGAGAACCGGGAGAAGAACCGCUGCGACAGCAUCCUUCCGUACGAUAGAAAUAGGGUUAUACUCACACCAUUAUCGGGCAAGGAACAUUCCACGUACAUAAACGCGACCUUCAUCGAAGGCUACGACAAUAGUGAAUCGUUUAUUAUUACCCAAGAUCCCAUCGAAUCGACGAUUAACGAUUUCUGGAGAAUGGUCUCCGAGCAAGGAAUCAGCGUGAUAGUCAUGCUUUCGGAAGUAGGCGAAGGGAAAUGUCCAAGAUAUUGGCCCGAGGAAGAAACAUACUACGAUCACAUCAACGUGCGAUACGUUCAAGCUGAAAGCUGUCCUUAUUAUACUAGAAGAGAAAUGAUUAUUAAGAGCAGAAACGGGGAAGAUCAAAAAGUUACUCAUUUACAGUACCACGGGUGGCCUACAGUCGAUGGAGAGGUACCCGAAGUUACAAGGGGUCUCAUUGAGUUAGUUGAUUUCUCUCAAACUGUACUGAUUAGAAACGGUUGUUCACCAUCGAUGAUAAUUCAUUGCAAUUUAGGAUCUGAUAGAAGUUCAAUGUUCGUUGGCCUCAGCAUAUUAGUACAGCAAUUACGAACUGAAAGAAGAGUUGAUAUAUUUACAAUAACGAGAAAACUAAGGUCGCAGAGACAAGCCAUGAUCAAUUCCUAUGCACAGUAUGAAUUUUUACAUCGAGCAAUUGUAAAUUACGCAGAACUUCACGGACUUUGCGAAAUUUAAACGCAAAUGAUUUGGUGCCAUAACUUAUAUAUUUCAUUCCAAGACACCUUUAUAUUGGUCUCGCUGAUAUCUAAGUAUUUUUGUAUUAGUAAUUUAUUUAAUCUAGGAAUAAUGUAUUUAGUUUAACAUUUAUUCCUGUGAAGAGCCAAAUUAAUGAUUUUAAACCAAAGGCAUUUGAAGGUAAGUUUGUACUUUUUUUAAGACUUGCAGCAAUUUUAGCUUUUGCUCAAAUUUUUGUUGUUUAAAAAAUAUCUCUGGCAACUGUUGUUACCUUAUUUGUUAAUUUUUAUUAUUUUAUGGCAGCUAUCCUGGAAGCUCUCUUUUCUAAGGCUAAGUUUUAUAUUUUAACAGUUGGUACUUUUUUAUUUUUCAAUUGUAUUGAAAUGAAAGCCAUUUGAUAUGUAUACAAAUCUGAACAAUUUUUUACCCUAAUUAUAAACAGACUGAACUUAAUGACAUUUAAAUACCAGGGAUAUUCACCAUAAUAAUUUUAAACUUAUUUUUUGUGUUAAUGUAUUGUGAUAUACAUAUAUUGUAGCCAUCUAGAUAUUGUAUCAUUUUUACAUUUGGUACUGCACAAUAUGUAUUUCAAGCACAUACCACAAUGGAUAAAAUAAAAAAAAUAUAUUAAGUAUGUUCCUACAGAAAUAACGAAUCAGAACCUGUAAAUUUCUCAAUUCUAGUUUGCUACUAGUCAUGUGACUAAAUUAAAAUAUUUUAUUGGAUCAUGUGAGUUUGUGAUUUCUGCAGGAACAGGCCUAUUAUUACUGUCUUAGGUAUUUUUUCUCGUAUUGUGCAUUUAAUGAAGUAGCAAAAAUUUUACUUCUGCAGGUUUUUAAAUUUUUUUCUUCUGAUGCAUCAAUUGUUUGAGAUUUAUUUUUGGUUUAAUUAUAUGGUUAAUAUGUCGUUUUAAUUAUAAGUAAUUUUUCCUAGAGAAGGUACGAUCUGAAAGAAAAAAAAACUAAAUUUAAUAAUUCGUGUUAAGGGCUAGUUGAUAUAAACUGAAUGUUUAAGAUGAUGUUCAUAGAAUUUUUAACAUUUUCCCGUUGAUCUUUCAGUUAUUUUUAAGCCAUUGAAAUAUGUACUGAUAAGGUGUAAGUGUGUUGUAAAAAUAACAGGAUAAUUAAUAUCCUUCCUUAUCUUGAAUGACAAUAAGGCGAUUAGGAAAAUAUCCAUGCUUGAUUUAAUUAAGCUAUGGUUGGUAUUUAACUUGAAAGAUUAAAGUAUGUAAUGCCUGAAUUGAAAGACUGAUUUUUGUAAAAUUAGUAGGUUGGGUAGUACUUUUACGACAUAUUAACCAUAAUAAUUAGUCUAAAUAUUUUUUGAGCAAAUGGACUAUUUGUAGAUUCGAAUAUUUUGAGUAUUUUCAUAUUGAAAAUAAGGUUGUGAUUUUCUAAUUUUAUAUUACUUAUUUCAUAGGAUCUGAUUUUAAUUUGUACUCGAUAGAAAGUUUAUUUUUUUUAAGGUAAGAACAAUAAAAUAGAAAUGUUCUCUAAUAUUUUAAAAAAUUAGUACUUUUGCUACGCGUAAAAUUUAGCAUUGUAGAGAACGGAGAGAUUUUUAAAAGACACAUCUAUGAAUAGUCCGUUUAAUAUUUUUUUAAUAACUUGUUUGCCAAAUUCAAAACAGCACAAUAUUUCUUUUAGUAAGUACCAAAUUUAUUUUUGUAUUCCAAACAUAACGACCAUUUUUAUAAAAGAAACGUGCUCAAUGCUGUGCUACAAGUGACCACAGUUAUCUUUAUCACCAUUACUAUUGUUUUGUAUAAAGAAUGAAUUUAAAUGUGGUAGAAUAGAACGUAAUAUACUCAAUACCUAACUUGCUUAAAGAUGUAGUGCUUUAAGUUGCUUACUCAAACAUGUAUAAUUUUUUAAUCAUUGUGAACGUCACUUUGUAUGUUAGAUAUGUGUGUAUAUACAAUUUCGUCGACUUUAUGUGACUUUACUUUUCUAUACCAGUUCUUCAAAAACAUUGAAUUAACGUCUUAAAUAAUACGAAAUUCUUUGUAAUGUUCCUUAACAUUCCUUAUUCACGUUUAUAAUUAUUUUUUAUACUUUUUAGUGUUUUUUAAGGUCUUGUAUAGAGCACUCGUAAAAUAACUCCCUACAAAGAUGUAUUCAAAAUUUUUUACUAACUUAUUUUUGUAAAUAACUACAUUGGAGUUUUAAAUGAAAAUAACGAUUUUUCUGCAUAUGUUUCGAAGAAAUGUUUUAAUGGUUUUCUACCGUACAGUCAGUAAACAUUACUGAGGGUGUUAAUUUAUGACUGAAAAACUGACUUUGCCCUUUGUAUUCUCGAAUACAAAAUUAAGACUGUAUAUGCAAUUAUUGCGCUGAUAAAUAAAUAUUUAUUUAUAAAUUUUCCUUUUUACUUUUAUUUUAUAAUGCUAAC